UUGAAGCUUGUGAUUUUGUUCAUAGAUUUACAUUGCGCAAUAAAAUAAUUGAAAAUAAGCAGAAAUGAAAAAGCCUCCUUUACACAUGCUUUAAUGUAUGGGAUUCAGGCGAUACGAAAACGAGGCUAAUUAAAUUUGGCAACGAAAGUUUUUAGUGCAGUUUAAUAUGAUCACGUUACGAGGAAAACUCAAAAAGGACAAUGACAUAGCAAAUUCAAAGAAUUACAACAGGCGAGUCUCAAUACGAGAUAAAUUACUGAUCAAAGAGGUACAGGAAAUGGAACAGACGUUGCCAGUAACUUGUAAAGUCACAUUUAAAGAUCCACAUUGUCUUCAUGAAUUUAUCUUAUUAAUUAUGCCAGAUGAGGGAUACUGGAUUGGUGGCCAUUUCUAUUUUCAAAUUUAUAUAAGUGAAGAUUACAACAUGGCGCCGCCAGUGGUAAAAUGCUUAACGAAGUUAUGGCAUCCUAACAUAAGCGAGGAUGGUGAUGUAUGCCUAUCUAUUUUAAGACAAAGUAGUAUUGAUGGCAUGGGAUGGGCACCAACACGUAAACUAAAAGACGUUGUAUGGGGUUUAAAUUCUCUUUUCACUGAUCUCUUAAACUUUGACGAUCCUUUGAAUAGAGAUGCAGCAGAUUUGUUUAUUAAGGAUAAAGAAUCUUUUCGAAGUAAAGUUAAAGAUUAUGUAAUGCAAUAUGCAAAAAGAUGAUUUAUAUUGUAACAUUUUAAUUAACAAAUAAUUAUUUACAUUUUUCAAAUUGGUUCCGUGCCUCUUUUUAGUAUAUGAGUACAGAAUUUGCUCAAAUCUGCUUUAGGUUAAUUAUGAUUUAAAUCAAUUUAAUAUUGCUAGUCUUUUUAUCUGAAAGAGAUUAUCAUCGCUUUCAGUUUCAUAUAAUUCAAUUUUUGGAUUGUUAUAGCGAAAUUAUAUUAAUACACUUUAAUUAUGAUCUAUAUCAUUAUGUAUGAAGGAAAUGUAAACAUUAAAAAUUAAAAGUACAUCAUGUGCACAAUGUUUUUUUUCUCUUGACGAGACAUUGUAAUGCCAACGAGCAAUUGUAAAUAAAGUGGGUGUUUAAUAUAUUUAAGUAACUA